AAUUUGCCUAAGCUGGACGAUCCGCUGUGUCAAAAGCACCAGCCAAAAGAUCCCCGCGCGUGUAUCCAUAUGGUCAGUCAGCAAUUUAUGCCAGCGGUUAGAAUAAGUUUGGCCGAACUCCGUUCAAACGUUGUACGACUGCUGCAGGAGCAUAACAACCUCCUCUCUGUCGUCAGUUUUACGCGCUGUUACGAGGAGACAUUUGGUCCCCUAAACAAGGCCGAACCGGCCAGUGAAAAAGAACACGACGGUGACAAUGAGAAAUCAAACAAAGACUCUAUGUUUAUGAGUAACUAUGUUCCCUUGGAACAUUUAAUUACGUGCGUAUCUAAUGUGAGCAUCCAACUCACCGUCAAUGGCAUAAAAGUUGUCACUUUAUCUCAGGACAGUUCACAAGAUGCAACAAUUGUACCAACUACCGCCGAUGCGCCCACUCAGGGUCUUGCUACCGCUGAAAAUCUGCGCCAAUUCCGCCGCGAGGUGGUGGAUCUGGUGAAGCAACAAGUUGGGUGCGCACUACCACUAAACAAGUUCAUUCCCGCCUAUCAUGCGCAUUUCGGUAAGCAGUGCCGCGUCUCCGACUAUGGGUUUGCUCGUCUUCAGGACCUCAUUGAGGCACUGAAUGGUAUUGUCCACAUUGUGGGCGAUGGGCCGCUCCGCACCAUCAUGCUGACCCAUGUGAUUCAGGUGCGUCGAUUCACUCAUGACAUCCUGCGACUGCUCAAGGGCGAACAGAAGAAGUACAUUCCAAUCUCAAAGCUGCCUCACAUUUAUGGGGAAGUUUUCCAUAAGCCAUUCCUGCCUUCAAACUAUGGGGUAUGUAGCCUACUCGAUCUCCUAAAUGACGUCGCUGAGAGCAAGUUGGUGGUGGAGAACGUGGAAGAGGAGGGUCCCUGUGUUGUCAUCCCGCGACGCGUUCAAACCGCAGAGCAGAAGGUUCGCACCCAACUCUUUGGCGUCGAGGUAGUGGACAUGCUGUCCACUAUGCAACGUUUCCAGAUCGCAUUUACAAAAUUCAUUCCUGCCUACCACCACGCUUUUAACCACCAGUGUCGUGUGGCAGAAUAUGGCUUCGCGAAAUUCAUCGAACUGCUUGAGGCAUUGCCACAUGUUGUUGAGGUGAUGCAUCUGCCAUCUUCUAUUGCUUUUAAAGCCUAUUUGAUCCUUCUUCCGGAAGACUAUGGCUUUGACACACUGGAGGAAAUGUUUGCAUCAUUCUCUGAGGUCUUUCUCACUCAACAGCAGCCGCAACGACAUUUGGGUGCAUCUACACCUGAAUCCACGAAGUCCACAUCCCAUAACCCUAUUCUCACCAUGGUUGAUGACUAUCCUAAGAAAGAGACAACCAAGUUCAACGAUGAGAGAGCACCCAGUACCACCAUCUACGUCUGUCUUGUAGACAAAUAUAAAAUCAAGCAAGCUACCUAUCGGUGUCUACAGAUUCUCUUCAAUUCACCAUUUGGAUCGAUUCCCGAGGACGAAUUUAAAGAACACUACCGGGUUACAUUUCAAGAGGAGAUAGAUCUUGACUACGUCCACGAAGAAAUGAGCCCUUUCAUCUCGGUUAAAAACUAUAGCGUCCAAAUGCAAAAUCCAGUCGGUGCUGGAACAAAACCUACAGCGGCAGAUCUGGAUGAAACGGAAGCGACAGUGAUAGGCUCUCGAAUGGUGCAACUUUGUCCACUCAUCCUAUUCGCACGGCAGUUGCGUUUCCUUCUAGUGCGCACUCGAGGUCGUCUUAUGCUUAACCUCUUAGAACAAAUGUAUCAACGCCACUUCGGGAUUGCGUUGUGUCCAGAAGCCUACGGAUAUCCUUCAAUUCUCACUCUUAUCCAUGCUAUCGACUUUGUUGUUGCGGUGAGGGGCAGAGGUGCGCGGGCCAUCCUCUUCCUUGCACAGGACUACUUGGGCAAGCUUGCGUGGAAAAUCGCAUACAAAAUACCGUUUCGGCAUGAUUUAAUCAAUCGCUACAACACGGAUGAAGUGACAUCUAAAGAGUCCCCUCAUUCAGGGGUACUAGAAGAAUAUCAUUCACCGACAAAUGAGAUGUACCGACCUACUCAGCGUCAGACCGCCACAGUUCCAUGGCACUAUCCCAGUUGCAUGACACAGGAAGGCCAAUUCAUGCAAACCACUAUGGGACCAACAAAAUUCCUACCUAUCAAUGCCUUUCCAGUUGAUGCACAACAGCCGAUAGAGUGCCCUCUAACCGUAUCAGGCUUCUUCUUACCAAGUCCCAUCACACAAGGCUAUGCCCUUUCCCAGGUACAAAGCAUACCAGAGUGGACCAUUUACGACUACCAAGGACAAAUUCAGGAACUUCCUUAUGUUCCAAACAAUUCCUUACUUGCCUACCCAGGUGUACCACCAACUACUGAAUUGCCCAAGUUGACACCAACUUACGUAUCAUUCAACAUAGCCAACGGAGAGACACCAUUACAAGCUAUUCCAUUGUCCGUAGGACCAGUGUGGGGGCAAACGACGGAACAGCAGUCGACGCCAGCACCGUUCUAUGCAUUUCCAAUGAAACCAUCCUUUACACCAUUACUACAGGGAGUGCUGGGUUAUGGCUACACUGCAACAAAUAUAGUGAAUCCUGCACCUCCAAUGCCAAAUGAGACAGAAGGGAGCCCUUUAGCAGCAAAUCAAAGCAGUGUUCCUACCAUGCCUACCAGUGUCUCCCAAGAGGAAUAUAUACCAGAGACUACAGUGAACGAACAGCAGGAUCCGAGAGAAGCGCUAACCCCGGAGAAUGACGGGACGCACCCAAACUUAAAUGACACCAGCGCAAACUACCACACAAUUUCCCUACCAAGCUUAACAGGCUGGUUACCUCAGACGGCUCAACAAGUAUGGACACCAAGUCUGAUCUACCAAAACUCGCAAGCCCCAUUAGGUAAUCACGCAGUCGAUGGACAAGUAGUGACGCCUCAAGGCGGGGCCUGGAUAACAGACUGUAACCAAUGGCUAAGCUCCUGCAGAAUAGCUACACAAUGGCCGGUACUGCAAGCAACCCCAAUAGACGUUCAACUCCCGAGCCAAGUGACGAUCCCUACUGUUGAUCCUCAGUCCGUAAAUGACGGGACAGUAGUGCUCAACGGACAUCUGAGCGUGGAUAACUCAGUUAUACUUAAGCCGGUUCAAUGUCAGUCGGAUAUUGGACCAGAUGUCAAUCAAUCUGUAAAUAAAUGUGAGGAAGGAGACUGGACACUACCAAUAAGCAUGACUACUGAAUCUAUCGAUAUGAACUCAAAAGAGAACGACGAAACUGGCAGCAUAGAAUAG